AUGAAACGUGGUGCAAAACGUCGUGGGAAACUUGUCACGGACUUCCUCAAAUCUGGUGAUGCCCCUCAUAGAUACCUGGAAAAGGUGAAAGAAAGUGGAAAAGACUACAAAGGAUUCAACUUGAUAGUGGGCAAUGUUUCGCCUGGAAAUCCUAGUAAUGAGAUGGAGUUUGGAUAUUACUGCAACCAAGAAAACGAACCGUUUGACAACUUGAAACCUGGUGUGCACGCUCUUAGUAAUCGAUAUUUAGAUUACGAAUGGAAAAAAGUUAGGUUUGGAAAGGAACGAUUCCAGGAAAUUAUCAAAAGAAAAUCGUCAGUGAAAGAGAAAGCUAACUUGCUCAUUGAAAUGUUACAAGACGAAACAAA